AUGGACGAGCAGAGCGGCGAAGCCUUCAUCUUUGACGUAUCGGAUGCGUGGGACGCCCGUAACAUUCUGUACUCGCUUCCGUUCAACAGACGGAAUACCGUUUAUGACGACGUGACUGCUCUCUGCAACAUGUUCUUCCCCAAAGAGCUUCGAGAUCGCAUGCAUGCGCUGCAUGAAUCUGACGAGGCCAAGUGCCUCACAUGCGAUGUCGACUUCGACCGGAAGUCGAACAGUAAUGACGGUAACUGGGACGACGAAGAAUAG